AGUCAUAAAUUUUGAAAGAGCAGUUUCAAUUGUCACUGGAAAAAGGUUUAUGAUCAUUAGUAUGGGAAAUAGAGCAGCUGUGCAUAUUGUCCAAUCACACAAUAAAUUUUCAGAAUUGGAUUUCUACUUUUUCCUUUAAAAAUUUUACUUUAAAAAUCUAACAUAAAAUACAAAGAGCUCUUAAUAGUUUUCUCGUGUUUGCACAUUUCUCUUUGAUUGUUCUCUUUAAGGAACAAUGAAGGUAUUUAGUAAGAUUUAUCGAUACUGGAUUUUUUGUGGAUGCAUUUAUUGCACAGCGUCAAUGCCAAAGAUAGACAACAUGAAAGGAUCAAAAGAAGGCAUUAAAGAUGCAUUUGAGUAUGAAGCAAAUCUUGCAGAGAAACAGUUUACAGAAUCUCUUCCUGUGUAUAAAUGGACAUCAAAUCGAGUACCUUUUGUAAUUUCAAAGGAAAUGUCACCAAACAUGACAUCAACAAUUUUAGAAGCUAUAAAUUCAUGGAACAAGGAUUUUGGAAAUUGCAUCAAAUGGAUUCCUCGUAGGUUAGAGAGGGAUUACGUCUAUUUUACCAAUGGUUCAUUUUGCCAUUCCGAAGUGGGUAGAGUAAAAUACAAGCAACUGAUUGUCUUGAAUGAAGAAAACUGCAUGGGUAGAGGAUUCAUCUUGCAUGAAAUGAUGCACGCCGUUGGAUUUACUCAUGAACAUAAUAGGGCGGAUAGGGACAAAUACAUUGAAAUACUGUUUCUUAAUAUUCCUUACGAAUGGCGGAAUCAAUACAAAAAGGAAUCAUUGGAUGCAAUGAUGGAAUUGGGACCGUAUGAUUAUUAUUCUGUCAUGCAUUAUGAAGUUCAGAGUCCAGAUCGAAAUAAGCCAGCUUUUCGAGUCAUCCCCAAAACGAUCGAUGUUUCGAAGAUUGGACAGCGCGACGUUCUCUCGGAAAUGGACAAAUUAAAAGUGAAACGUUUGUAUUGUCCUUCAAAGUUAUAG